UUAGUCUGAGCAGCGUGACAUUUUUGGUUUUCGUUCAGCAGCGGUUUUAGUACCCGUUUUACCAGUUUUGCCUUUAGCUAACGUUAGCUAGCUGUUUUACACUGGAGCAUCUAGCUGCGUAAAGCUAACCAGAGGAAAGCAAUGAACUGGUUUUGGCUCCUAGCUGUAGACAUGUCUCAGUUGUCAGUUGAAGACGAAGUGGAGUUGCAGUCUUUGCUUAAGCAGCUUCUAAGAAGCAUCAACGACAGGAUCUCAGGUGCUCCGUCAACCGAAUGUGCUGAAGAAAUCCUCCUUCAUCUGGAAGAGACUGACAAGAACUUCCAUAAUUAUGAGUUUGUCAAGUACCUCCGUCAGUAUGUGGAGAGUACACUAGGGACUGUGGUGGAAGAAGAAACCAAAAGUUUGACCAAAGAUGGACAACAUGCAAUAGGCUCAGGUCACGACACCUUGAUCCACGCUGUGACCCGGAGGACCAGAGACUCGGAUGAGUACCAGCAUAUGAUGCAGACCUUGAAGAACACCAUGAUUCUGGUGGUGGAAUCUUUAAUCAACAAAUUUGAGGAGGACCAGUUGAGGAAGGAGGAGAUGCACAGAGAGAAGCAGCACAGUCAGUCCAACAGCCACUACAGUGACAACUGCUCUGACAGUGACUCCUCCUUUAACCAGAGUUAUGCAUUCAUCAGACAAGAGCAGCUGCAAGCUUUGGCCGAAAAACUUGACUCCAGCAGACCCAAAGAGGUGCGUUGGGAGGCUCUUCAGGCCCUCUGCUGUGCUCCUCCGUCUGAUGUGCUGAGCUGUGAGAGCUGGAGCAGCCUGGGCAGGAACCUCUGUACAGCUCUGACUGAUCUUGACCUCAGCGAUAAUGUGCUGCAGUUCAUUGCUAAAAGCUUUUCCUCCUCUCCACUGAAUGUGACACGAGAGAUCUACACCAGCUUGGCUAAAAGUGUGGAGUCAAGUUUUCAGUCUCACAAACUGAGCUUUCCGACUGGCUCAUCUGCCGUCGACGUCAACAGACCUGAGAUCAGUCGUCUUCUCAAACAGAUUCGAUUGAUGAACGACUUUCAAAAGGAGGUGACAACCUUUUGGAUACGCCACCCUGAGAAGUAUAUGGAGGAAGUGAUAGAGAGCACAUUCUCCUUGCUGUCCCUCCAUCAUGAACAUGCCUCAGCCUCACCUGGGACAGAGAAAGCACUUGAGCCCAUUCACCUACUGGCCUUACUGGAUAUUAAAGCUACCUGGUUUAAAAAGUGGAUGCAUGGGUACUACAGCAGGACUGUGGUUCUCCGACUCCUGGAGAGAAAAUACAAGUCUCUGAUGGUGGCAGCCCUUCAGCAGUGCAUCCACUAUGGUGAAUCCUGUGAGAGUUUCACAGAUGAAACUGUUGAUACCAGGUCAGCUGAGGUGCAGAACUCUGGUUCAGCCCAGAGGAGUGUUUAUACAGGAAAAGAGCUUGAAUAUGCCAUCUUCGUCCAUUCGCUGUGUGUCCUGGGAAAACUCCUCAUCUACGCCAAUGGCAGAAAGCUCUUCCCUAUCAAAGUGAGGAAGCGCAAAGAUCCAGUCACCGUGACAGACCUGGUUGUCAUCCUGAUCAGCAUCAUGUACCAACACCCUGAACCUCUACACAAUGACCCCUCACACACCGACUCCCUGUCUCCCAGUGGUCUUGCCAUGGAGGUGCUUUGGAAGCUGUGUGAGAGGACAGAGUGCGCUGCAGAGUGUCUCUACCAGACCCCUGUAAUAGAGACACUGCUGGCUCCAGUUAUAGCUCUGCUCACUGAACAGCAGGCUAAAUUAAAAUCUCCUGCAGCAACACUGACUCUCGUCGCUGACGUCUUGGCUCGCAUCGCAAACACCGACAGAGGAUUAUCUCUCUUCUUGUACGAGAAGAAUCUAGUGGUAGCCCACAGUGAGAGAACCUUUGCUGCACAUGUCAUCGUACAGUUCACUCUCAGGCUGCUGGACAAAGAGCUGUCAUCACUAAGUGAAUCCGACAUGUCCGAUACGUUAUGUGGAGCCUUCAUCUUUGUCUGUAGGCAGAUAUACAACACCUGUGAGGGUUUACAGGUGCUCCGACCCUACGGCCUGCAUAAGGCUGUAGCUGCUGCCUGGAAAAAGACCAGCUCUCUGUCAGAAAGAGUUCCGACCCCGGUUCCUGGAGCCGCUGCUGGAAAAUCCACCCAGGAUCUGCAGAACAUGCUUAUCUGGGAAGAGACAUUGUUGGAUAGCCUGCUGAACUUUGCUGCAACUCCCAAAGGCCUGCUACUGCUCCAGCAGACGGGAGCCAUCAACGAGUGUGUCUCCUACAUGUUUUCUCGCUUUACUAAAAAACUACAGGUGAGUCGCUGUGAGAAGUUUGGAUACGGGGUGAUGGUGACGCAGGUGGCAGCGACUGCUCCAGGGGUGGUGGCUUUGCACAGUUCAGGUUUUGUCCAGGCCCUGGUGGUAGAGCUGUGGUAUGUUCUUGAGUGUGGCAGUGAAGAUGUCAGGGUGGUCCGGCCCAGGCCAACACCAAUGGACCCCAUUGACAGAAGCUGCCUCAAGUCCUUUCUGUCCUUGGUCAACCUGCUCUCCUCUUCCCAAUCGGUGUGGGAGCUCCUGGGCCGGCAGCCUUUAGCCAACAAGAGUGAAUACACCUUGAGAGAGAUGCCAACCUCCAUCCCUGAUUUGAUUGACAGGCUGAUUGCUGUGAAUUCAGACGCGAAGAUUAAUUCCCUGUUCCACUACGAGCAGUCUCACACAUUCGGCCUGAGGCUGCUGAGUGUGCUCUGCUGUAAUCUGGACUCCUUCCUGCUGCUGGAGAGCCAGUACAACAUCUGCUCCAUGCUGCUGCAGAGUCAGAGGGAGAACGUCACCGAGCUGGACACCAACAAGGGGGAGUUCAUCAUUGACGGUCUAUCAGUGGAGAGGAAUCACGUGCUGGUUCGUGUCAGUGUGGUGGGAGGUCCUUCUGAGAGGACUCUUCCUCCUCGAGCACUGCAAGAGGGAGAAGAUCCUUACCCUUGGCCUAUGUUUUCAAGCUACCCUCUGCCUCAGUGUUACACGUUGGAACCACCAAAGAUCCACCACAACUCACAAGACUCUGAGCUCAUUGCAUUUCUGGCUUCACCUAAAGAACCAACAAACCAGGAGGACUGGAUGGACAUCUGUCGGAGGCACUACUGCAGAGUGAUGACCUCCAAACCCAACAGCAUCUUGAAUGGCAAUGUGCUGGCUGACCUUCUGGAGAAGGUUGUGGCUCAUCUAUCCAACUCUUCCACCGAGUGCUUCUUUUCUCCGGCUCAGUACAAAGCAGAGGAGAAGAGUGUGAAGAGUGCUGCAUUAUCAUCUGUGGAGCAGCUGGGGAUCAACACUUGUCUCAGGUAUGGUAGCUUCCUCAAGCUUCUAAAAGCAGAUGCUGUGAAUGACCUGACGCUGCUUAUGAAGCAUGUUAAGAUCUUCUUGUCCACACAGAGAGUUAAAACUGCUUCAGAGCUCAUCACUCAGCAGGACGUUUAUCCAGGCCACGACUGGCUGGCCUCCACAGUGUUCCUCAUCAUGGCUGGAGACAUGGAGCGGUCUCUGAGUUUACUACUCAAUCUGUCAUCUCAGCUCACCUCUGCAUUCAUCUGGCCAGCAAGGAUACACGCCUCUGUCCAUGUUCCUUUGGAAGUCGCUGAAUCAGGAAUCCCUCCCGUUUACUGGUGCACGGCUCACUAUGUGGAGAUGCUGCUGAAAGCUGAAGUUCCUCUGGUGCACUCCGCCUUCAGGAUAUCUGGUUUCACCCCAUCACAGAUGUGUCUCCACUGGUUAACUCAGUGUUUCUGGAAUUAUCUGGACUGGACUGAAAUCUGCCACUACGUCUCCACCUGUGUGGUUAUGGGUCCUGACUACCAGGUUUAUAUGUGCGUGGCCAUAUUCAAACACCUGCAGCCAGACAUCCUGCAGCAAACACAGUCCCAGGAGCUGCAGGUGUUCCUCAAGGAGGAGCCAAUCCAAGGCUUCAAGGUCAGCAGCUACCUGGAGUUCAUGGAGGGACUGGAGCACAGAUACAGGAGCAUCGUUCUCAGCGACAUGAAGACCAUCUGUAACCCGGUCGAGUGAGAACACAUGGAACCUUUCUGUUUUACAAAAAAAACGACUUAAUGACUUACUCACCACUUCCAACAUAGCAUUUCACCCAUAUGCCUGGGCAGUGACACACUGAACACGUGGGUUUAACAUGUUGAUGAACUGAUAAGAUUCAUGGCAGAUGGGGAUGUAUCAUGGAUGAGAGGCUGCCAUCAGGAUGAAGAGGCUUCAAAUCUAGACCACAUUCUACAAAAGCUCUGAAAGUACAGACUGCACGUAGAGUCUGCGUCUGCUCAAGAGUCGAAAUUAAAAUGUAUUCAAAGAACAAACAAGAGGGCCAACAUACUGAAUAUCUAAAAUGUCUUAUUUUAAAUCAUAUCACCAUAUUACAGACCGGAGAGAAUUGAAUUCUAUAACUCAUGUUAUCUCGUCCUCAUCCUUUAAUUUCACGGAACAGUUUCAUAAUUUUCUUAUCAUCAACAUAUCGCGUACAUUACCAAAUCCAACAAUGAAUCCGUCUGACAAAUAAGUAUGCCCGUUUAUAUACAACUCCAGAUAUUUUGUGUUCCUCUGAUCAAUACAGCUCCAUCAUUGUCCACAAAUGUGUGUUAUACAGUUGUACACUGAUUUCCAUGAACUUACACACACUGUAGUUUAUUUUAAGAUACAACAAACAUUGUGAGUGAAUGGCUUUAAAAUAUUUAUAUUGUUGAGUGGAACAAAGGGGCUAUGGAGGUCGGAAAUUAUUGAUACAGAUGGGAUUUUAAGACAGUUAUAAAAAUACAGUCAGGCUUUUUUCUUUACAUGUUGAAGGCUAGAUUAUUUCUUGCUACAAAUAAAAUAUUACACAACUAGUCUAGUAUAAAAAAUGUUAUACUUUCCCCUUCUACUUGUAAGAAGUUGUACAUUUUGUAAAUACUUUAUGUGAUGAUCACCUGUUUGGAAGAUGUCACUUCUGUAUUUAUUUUUCCCCUGCAGUAUAAAUAUCUAAGAUGUUUUGUAUGUGCUGAACAAGAUGUUCUUGUUCUAAGUAUUAAAAGAAAAACCCUCGGAGCUGUGAAACAGCAGA